CUGCCACCCACUCACACGCACCACCGACACACACCGAUCCAACUUUGGACCGGACGAUUCAUCGACUCAAAGACUGGCACUGAUUCCGCAUUCACUCGCUCCCUGACUCAGUCGCCGCUGUGGCAAACAAAGCAAUGCAGAUGGAUUCGUCUUCCGACGAAGAAGACGACCGCCACAACCUCAUCGAACAGAACGUCCGAAAGCCUCCGCCGCCGCCCCCCGCCGCGGCAUUCCACGUCGAAGAUUUCACCUCGCAAUGCCGGCGAUUCAAUUUCAGGCUCCAGAAAAGGUACAUUAUCGCCAUUCUCGCUCUCUUCAUCGUUCUCCUCUUCUUCUCCGUCACCGAUUUCCACAGCCUCUUCUCCACCUCCUCCCUCAAGCUCGAUUAUCUUUCCGAUCGAAUGAAGGAAUCCGAAUUGCGCGCCAUUUACCUCUUGCGCCAACAGCAAAUAGGACUAUUAACCGCUUGGAAUCGCUCGUUCCAAUCCAAUGCGUCGAAUCCGAAUCAAUUGGAGGAUCUGAAAUCUGCGUUGUUUAAGCAGAUUUCCAUUAACAGAGAAAUUCAGCAGAUUCUGCUGAAUCCGCACAAGACAGGGAACUUGGAUGAACCUGAAUUGGAUUUCGGAAACGUUAGCUUGAGUGGUGUAAGUUACGAUAGGUGUAGAACGGUGGAUCAGAAUUUGUCACAGAGAAGAACGAUUGAGUGGAACCCUGGAGAUGGUAAAUUCUUGCUUGCUAUAUGUGUUUCGGGUCAAAUGUCUAACCAUUUGAUUUGCUUAGAGAAACACAUGUUUUUCGCUGCGCUUUUUAAUAGGAUUUUGGUGAUUCCUAGUUCCAAAGUGGAUUACCAGUAUGAUAGAGUUGUGGAUAUUGAUCAUAUUAACCAAUGUUUGGGGAAAAAAGUGGUGGUUUCGUUUGAAGAGUUUUCCAAUGCUAAGAAGGGUCAUAUGCACAUUGAUAAGUUUCUGUGUUAUUUUUCUCAGCCUCAGCCUUGUUUUUUGGACGAUGAAAGGUUGAAGAAGUUGAGUUCUUUGGGUUUGUCAAUGCGUAAACCUGAGGCUGUUUGGGAUGAGGAUACUCGGAAUCCGAAGAAGAAGACGGUUCAAGAUGUGUUGUCUAAGUUUGCAUAUGAUGAUGAUGUUAUGGCAAUUGGGGAUGUGUUCUAUGCUGAAGUGGAACCAGAAUGGGUGAUGCAACCAGGUGGCCCAAUUGCUCACAAAUGCAAAACAUUGAUUGAACCUAAUCGCCUUAUUUUGCUUACUGCUCAGCGUUUCAUUCAGACAUUCCUGGGAAGGAACUUCAUUGCAUUGCAUUUUCGAAGACAUGGGUUUUUGAAAUUCUGUAAUGCUAAAAAACCAAGUUGCUUUUACCCCAUUCCUCAAGCUGCAGAUUGCAUCUCGAGGGUGGUUGAAAGGGCCGACACCCCUGUCGUUUAUCUUUCUACUGAUGCAGCAGAAAGUGAAACUGGUUUGCUUCAGUCACUAGUGGUGCUGAAUGGCAGGUCUGUUCCUCUUGUAACCCGCCCAGCUCGUAAUUCAGCAGAAAAAUGGGAUGCUUUGUUAUACAGGCAUGGUAUUGAGGGAGAUUCACAGGUGGAAGCUAUGUUGGACAAAACCAUAUGUGCUAUGUCUAGCGUGUUCAUUGGAGCCCCUGGUUCCACUUUCACCGAAGACAUCCUGCGGCUGAGAAAGGACUGGGGGUCGGCAUCGUUGUGUGAUGAGUACCUUUGCCAAGGUGAGGAACCAAAUGUUGUAGCGGAAAAUGAAUGACAAUAAAGAGGGUCUUGUGCCUUGACUCAGGAAUAGGUUUGA